AUGUCGAUCCCUCACACCAAGAGAAUUUGCCAGAUAAUCAAGCUCAAAGCUGAGGCGGUGGACGCAUAUAAAGCUAUCCACGCUGCGGUCUGGCCCGGGGUUCUCGCUGCGCUGGAGAGAGCUCAUAUCGUGGAUUACUCCAUUAAUCAUUAUCCUCCGCUGCAGCUGCUGAUAGCUACAAUGAAGUACACCGGCGUGGACUACGAGGCUGAUAUGAAAUCAGUCGCCGAGGAUCCGGAAACGCAGAAGUGGUGGGCGGUCACCGAUGGAAUGCAGGAAAGCUUCGUGGAAGGCGCUCAAGGAAGCGGCACAGACAUACCUUGGUGGACAGAAGUAGAAGAAGUGUUCCGCUUCGAAGGAAAAUCGCUGUGA